AUGGCCCGCCCCAAAAAGGCCAAGGCGGCGCCGGCGCCGGCGCCGCCGGCCGUCUGCGAGGCGCUGCUGCUGGCGACCGUCUGCAUGGUCGGCCUCCCCGUUGAGGUCCAGGUCCGCGACGGAUCCGCCUACGCCGGCGUCUUCCACACCGCCUCCCUCGACGCCGGAUACGGUGUUGUGCUAAAGAAAGCAAGGAAGAUUGCAAACGGAAAGGACAAUGCCAAUCUAGUGCUGGGAGCUUUUGUGGACACUCUUGUUGUUCUCCCAGAUGAUCUUGUGCAAGUGAUUGCAAAGGACUUCUCCCUUGCUACUAAAGAUAUUUCUAAAACUAGUGCUUGUGAUGUGGUGGCAGCCAGUGGAUUGACGCAGCCUCAAACUUCACAUUUGGGAGACCCAAAAGCAUCCAGACAGGUUGAGAAGUGCAGCAGGCUGUGUCAGAAUAGUGAUAACCCCACUGGGAAAAUUGCUCCAAUGAACAGUAAUGCUGCAAAUGUCUGCUCUCCAAUUGAACAUAUAGUGCCAAAUUGGAAUGCAAUUCCAACUUCUGCUGAUAUUGGAUCAAAAGAGGGAAAUGUUGUUAAUUCAGUUUUAGCUACUCCUGUGGUAGCUUCAAAUGUUAAAACAUCUCAACCCAUCAACAAUUCAUCUAUUAAAGCUGUCAUGUCAAGCAAAACCACUGCUAAGGAAUCCAAACUCAAUCCCCAUGCUAAGGUCUUCGCUCCAUCUUUUGCAAGUUCCAGACCAGUACUUGCAGCUGCAUCCCCCGUUAACCCAAACUAUAUCUCAAACUCGGUCUCUGGAGUUCCAACUGGUGUACCUGUAUUUCAAACUCACUCGCAUCCAGGCAGUUCGUCUCUAUCCAGCAAGGUUGUUCAUUAUAAUAACCUGGCUCCUGGAAACUUUGGAAUGUCACCUCAAUAUGUUCAAUCAGUUGUGGGGCAUAAUGUCGGAAGGCUAGAUCCUGCAAGACUCGGUACACCAUAUCACCCCUUGCAAGUGGGAUCAACCUAUAUCAGCCCUAGUCCUCAGCCUAUGGUCGAUGGGAAAUUCAGUCCUGUUGUUUAUGUUCAUCCAGUUUCUCAGGAUGCUAUGCGUGGAACACCAGUUAUGUCCCAAGUAUGGCCUCGCCCUUUGCUGUUGAACUCGCAUCAAGGUAGCUUGCAAAAGUUUCAAGCAGGCACUGCCCCGUUCUUUGGGGCUCCGCCAGUCAUGGCAACUGGGAACCUGCCCAUGGUGAUGCCGAGCCCUGCAACGCUUGUGCAGCCAUUCCAGGCCAUUCAUCCAAUCAUGGUUCCUUCCGCGACCAGUAUGUAUCCGGGCAAAUACAUGUAA